GCGGCGGCGGCGCGGGGCGCGGCGAUGGGGCGCUUCCGUAAAGAUGGCGGCAGCUGCGGCUAGAGGCUCUCGGCUGGCGGCCUGGGGCGGAAGACUGCGGCGCGGAGUCGCCGCCGGCCGGCGGGCCUUGCCCAGUCCCGGGCCCGUGGCGGCGGCAGUGGCCGGCGUGGCCCUGGCAGGAGCAGGAGUGGCAUGGUACCACGGCCGCGCUACUGUCGCGGCCCCCGAGGGCAGCCUCACCGUCUUCGCACAGAAAAAUAUUGACUAUGGUGAGAUGAUGGGGAAAUUGUCUCUUCGUAAACAGCGCUUCAUGCAGUUUUCUUCACUGGAAUAUGAAGGAGAAUAUUAUAUGACACCACGGGACUUCCUCUUUUCAGUAAUGUUUGAGCAAAUGGAACGUAAAACUUCAGUCAGGAAGCUGACAAAAAAGGACAUCGAGGAUGUACUGGCAGGAAUCCAAAAAGCUGGUUGUGGAUCUACGUUUUUUAGAGACCUUGGUGAUAAAGGGUUAAUUUCAUAUACUGAGUAUCUUUUCUUGCUUACCAUCCUCACUAAACCCCAUACUGGGUUUCAUGUUGCUUUUAAAAUGCUGGACGCAGAUGGGGAUGAGAUGGUUGAGAAAAAGGAAUUUUUUAAGCUGCAGAAGAUCAUAAGUAAACAAGAUGACUUAAAGAUGACAGUAGCUAAUGAAACAGAAUGCCAGGAACCAAGAGUGAAAGAAUCUGAAAUUAACACAACCCUUCAGAUACGUUUCUUUGGAAAAAGAGGAGAAAGAAAACUUCAUUAUAGAGAAUUUCGAAGAUUUAUGGAAAAUUUACAAGCGGAGAUCCAAGAAAUGGAAUUCCUUCAAUUCUCUAAAGGUUUGAGUUUCAUGAGAAAAGAAGACUUUGCAGAGUGGCUACUUUUUUUCACUAACACUGAAAAUAAAGAUAUUUAUUGGAAAAAUGUGAGAGAGAAGUUGUCAGCAGGAGAGAGCAUUAGUUUGGAUGAGUUCAAGUCAUUUUGUCAUUUUACGACCCAUUUGGAAGACUUUGCUAUUGCCAUGCAAAUGUUUAGUUUAGCGCAUCGCCCUGUCAGACUAGCGGAGUUUAAGAGAGCUGUAAAAGUAGCAACAGGACAGGAGCUCUCGAACAAUAUUUUGGACACUGUCUUCAAGAUCUUUGAUUUGGAUGGUGAUGAAUGUCUUAGUCAUGGAGAGUUUCUUGGGGUGUUAAAAAACAGGAUGCAUCGAGGCUUAUGGGUACCACAACAACUAAGUAUACAAGAAUACUGGAAAUGUGUGAAAAAAGAAAGCAUUAAAGGAGUAAAAGAAGUCUGGAAACAGGCUGGAAAAGGUCUUGUUUAGAAAAAGAUAAUAUGGGGAUUAUAUUGCUCCAAAUUGAGAAUUUGGGAUUUUUUUAAGUACUGGACGUUUAUCCUUUCGAGUCUUCGUUGAUUUCCUUUGUAAUAAUGAAGAUGCCUUGUAUUUGCCUUUGGAUUCUGUCAGAAGACCUAGGAUUGAAGUACUGCUUUGUACUUUGCUAAGAUGGAAAACCUAGUUAUUCACUGAUUUCUUAGACACAGUAGCACAGCAUGCUCUCUGGAAGGGUCAACAAGUACUUACAGAAAGAAAUUAUUGAUACACAAGGCCUGGGUUGAUUCUACGAGUCCUGAUGUUCCUAAUAGGACAAAUUAAGUUUAAAACAUUUCUGGUUUUCUCAUUAUCUUAUAUCUGAUAAAUUUCUUGUAUAUUUUAUUUCAGUUACCUACCUAUAUAUUAUCUUAAAAAUAACAUGUAAAUUUCAAUAUCCUAUCUGGAAAUAGAAUAAAGUAUUUAUAAAGGUUCAAAAA